UUUCUCCCUUUCUCUCUCUCUCCUUAAAUCGUUAAUCGCCUGUUAAAUAAAUUUAAUAAUCUUGUGUACAGCUUUUUCCAUCGGAGGACAUUUAAAGUGUUUUUUGUUUUCGCUAUCCUUUAAAGUGUAUCUAUUUUGUGUUUGGCAUCGUAUGGCAUCUCAACGUUUAAUUUAUGAAGGACCUUUAGUGUCUAAAAUAAAGUCAAUCAAAUUGUUAUCAUUAUCUACAAGUAUAGCUGGUUUUGCGGCCCAAAUGUAUAUCUACAGAAAGAGCUCACAAGAAGGUUCAAAAAUUUCAAAAUUAACCCUGGUGAUUUCAUCAACCAUGGUCUUAGCUUUUUCUCUAACUCCUUUACUGCUCAAUUCCAUAACGAAACGUUAUGUUUAUCAAUUAUAUUUCAAUUCAAGCAGUAAAAGUUUCACGGCGUAUACUCUAAAUUUUUUGAACCAACCUGUCAAAACACAAUUUACAAAAUCAACACUUGAACUUGCUCCAGUUGCCUCUCCGUUUACAACAAUUUUGGUCAACAAGAAACCUCUUUUUGUUGAUCUGAAAGAAAUUAAGGACCCUGAAGCCCUAGAAUUGUUUGUUUAACUGAAGAGUAUUCUUAAUAGCGUUUGUGUUUAUGUAGAUCACAUUUAGAUUAAUAAUCUUGUUUACAUGACAAAAGGUUUACAUUAAAGAUUUAAAUCGAA